GAAAAGCAACGUAAGUAGAUAUUUAAGAUUGAAAAGGACGAUUCUCCAGAAAAUCUCUAGCUAACCUGUUAAGGACCUGUUGUUUUAUCGCGAAAUUGGGGUAAAAUCUUAGGGGGCCUCAGUUCUCUGCAUUAGUAAAUACCGGGGUUUGAAAAUCGAUGGGGGGAGGGGAGCCGCGCGCGUGCGUUGAGCCGCGCGGCGUCGCGUGUUGCCGUCGGGCCGCCGCCGCCGCCGCACGCCGCGCCGGUAACAGGUCCGACUUGUUGCGAAGUCUGGCCCACCUGUUAACUGAUGGAGGCCCCGUGAACCCUGAGCGUGGGCCGCGAUGCCGCGCUGCUACAUGGUAAAGAAGAGCAACCAGCGCCAUGACGGACCUCCCCCGUGCAGCCCCACCGAGGCCACCGUAGCGCCGCCGUGCUACAGCCCUGCCGAAGACCCUGCGCUCACUGAGCCCCGCACCGCCGAGUAUGCGGAGCUGGGCAGCGGGCCGGUGCAGGAGCGCACGGCGGCCGACACCGAGGCCGCGCACGAGCUGCUCUCCCUCGCGCAGAGCGUGCCGCCGCUCCCGCCGCUCCCGCCGCCUCUGCCUCCCGCCGUGGUCACCGUCAUCGAGCCCACCCCCGCGCCGCUCCUCCCCCUAUAUACGUACACCAUACAACCCACUAACAUAUACAUCAUCGCCGAAGAACCACCGCUCCCCGUCUAUACUACUGUUCAAGCCGUAGCGCCCUUUGAGUUCACCGGCAUCGAACCGCAACUCAACUACAUAACUUACCAGCCGCCACCUUGCGAACCGCCACCUCCGCCUCCUCCUCCGCCGCCGCCACCGCCGGAGCCAGAAGAAGAUUCUCCGCCGACCCCUCCGCCGAAGGGGCGAGCGAAAUACGACUGCGACGAGUGCGGCAAGCGGUAUGCGACUUCUUCUAACCUGUCGCGACAUAAGCAGACGCACCGUAGCCUCGACUCGAUGUUGGCGAAGCGAUGCAACGAGUGCGGGAAGGCCUACGUGUCGAUGCCCGCCCUAGCUAUGCAUGUGCUGACACACCGAAUGGGACACGAGUGCAGCGUGUGUGGCAAACAGUUCUCGCGACCGUGGCUGCUCCGCGGGCACUUACGUUCUCACACGGGCGAGAAGCCGUACCGCUGCGCGUCUUGCGGCAAGGCGUUCGCGGACCGCUCCAACCUGCGGGCGCACCUGCAGACGCACUCCUCCGACAAGCAGUAUCAGUGCUGCCGCUGCAGGCGCUAUUUCGCGCUCAAGAGCUAUCUCAACAAACACCUGGAGACGUCCUGCCUGCCUCGCGGGGAAGGUCCCUGAGCGAGCGUCGCGAUUUAUGCAACGAAAGUUUCUCUAUGAACUUCUUUACACCUUUAUAUUCAAAAUUAAAGUAGCGGCUCGUAGUUUCGACGGCGUCGAAGGAAAAAUAAGCAAUAAUAACGUACCUAAUAACGAUAGGGCUCUUUCCAUAAUUCUAAAUUUAAAAAGUAUAUAUAUUUUUCAAUUAUUAGUCCCGAGUUGGAAUCGUGUCAAUUUAUGGCAAGAGCCUGUAUGUUACAGUAGUGUAAUAUUUACACGUUAAUGUAUAGUUAAGUUAGCGUCGCAUGGGCGGUGUGACACUUAGAUAGUAGUUACGGUGAUACGUAGAGACUUAAUGAAACCGUCGAGCUGUGGUACUAAGAGAGCAAUAAAGUAAAGAGCGUAGAGUGCCAGUGAUAGGCGAUAGGCGACGCACGAGUAGCGUGCGAGGCGUAGCGAGUAGCUUAGCGAGUAGCGGCCCGAGAGGACCAAACUGUUGCUCGGGCGCUGCCGCCAACCGCGCCCGCGUCCGCGUCUGCCCCCGCCCCGCCCGCGCCCGUCACCACCCCGCCGGAGCGGAGUUGUACUGGGCAAGGCUGGUGGCGUGUUCGAGAGCGCGGACGCGGCCGCUGCGAGCGAACGCCGCUUUGACUUCACCGUGGACGUCACACUUAAAACACUUUGUUUUGCAACUUGCUCUUACACUGCUCACUCAGUCUUAAUAAACUUUGCAAGGUUAGGAGUAUAUAGGGAUAAACACGACCAAUUUUAAAGGUUUUACACGUACCUGUAAGUCCAGCGUUUAGCAGUCGGCGCGCGGCCAUCGCUCGCUCCAACCACCAGUUGCAACUAUUUUCAAAUAAUCAAUAUAAUGAAAAGCGCUCACUAUUAUACUAUACAUAUUGAUUUCUCCUUUAAAAGUAACCAAUAUGAGUAAUAAAAAUGUACCAUCGCCCACACUAUCAUAUAAGGUCCAUCGGAAAACCUUAUUACAAAAGGCAUUAGGUCCACCGAUGGACAGUUAAGAGUGUUGCUGUUUUGUACACCACAAUAUUACCUCUUUGUGAAUUCCGGAAUGUAAAUAUUGGACAUAAAAGCAGCUUAAAUUAUUAAAUGUGUUGGAAAAUGUCGCCAAUAUUUUUGCGUGGUAAAAGCGAGCGGUCCGUCAGGGAUUCGGGUCGUGUCUAAAAUGCCGUGAGAACCGCAAGGAAAAUAAGACGACUUUGCUGUUAUGAAGUCUAAUGUUUAUGAUGAUCGGGUGCGAUGCAGUCGUAGGGUGCGAGACCAUUCUCACAACGUCUAUUGUUCCCCCAUGUGGAACUCGCAUAUGACUGGAUAUAAAUACUCUUUGUACCAUUUAAGUUUUAAAAUACUUUUAUGCAUUCUGGUGAUUGUGUAAGGAGACAAGUGCAUGCUGUUGGUGAGUAAUGCAUGCGUUUUUCCAAAUUGCGGAUCGAAGUAUGUAAAGUAAGACGAGUUUUGAAAUGCGGGUUUUGAAAGAAAAGUAUUUUUAUAGAAAAUUGAAAUUUUACGUGAAUAUUGAAUAUUUCACAUACGUAGUCAUUCCUUUGGCAUUUGCUAGGCUUAAGUAUAAAAUAUAUUAAUCGUCACAUUUGCAGGUACUCGAGUGUUGUAAGCACCCACAGUCAGCAGAGACGAUUAUUGUGACAGCAUCGUCACUAUUACUAGAUUUUAAAAUCCUCAUUUUCGUUUUGUCAAACAGUACGAAUAACGAUAUAUUAUCCAUUUGAGGAGAAGAUGCAGAAACACAAAAUACGUACGAGCAAUAAAAACGGGUUACUUUGUAUAUACUUCGGUAGUCUUAUUUUUCUUGGAGUGCUAUUUCUGACUUAACUGAUGUUCAAGACUCUUUUAUAUGUACCUACCUACUGGAGGGGACAUCUCCAAAGUACGUAUGAUGUAACAGAUUAACAUCAUCAAAACGGUUGCAUUAGUAUUAGGUAAGUUUAACAUACGAGUAACCCUGCUGACUGCACGUGAACCUAAUUUAAGGUAGAAUUAAGGAAUUAUCUUUUGUAAAUAUGCUUAGAAAAUAUAACUACAACCCAAACUUAAUAAACAGGACCAUGUAUAAUGCUUUUCACGUUUCACAUUUAACUGUUCUUAUUUAAUUUUACAUACUUACAUAAACAUAUUUUAUUGCGGUGAUAAAUCGAUAACCUAUACCAAAAUACGUAGCCAAUUAACAACGAGGUCCACGUUGAAAGUACGUAGGUAAAUUAUAUAAAAAAUCCAACAAGGAACAGUAAAAUCAACUGUUCAAUUAAAGUAUAACGAAAAAUAUAACGAUAACAAAGAAAAUACAAUAAAAUAACACAAUAGUACGAUAUAGCAACGAAAACAAUGAUAGCUCUUACUGAAUUAUUUAUUUCAUCUAAAGUACAUAUUUGGAAUAAUUAAUAUUAAAUUAGAAAAUAGUUUUUGCUCAAUAUCGUUAAGGUUUGGUCAGAAGUUUUACUCUUGAGUUUAGGGUAGUAAAGAUCUGACUUAGUCUAAUCUUAUUAUAUUAUGGUAUUUCAUCUACUUUACUUAUACAUAAAAAAAUUGGUUUAUGUCGCUUACUUUGUUUAUUACAUCAAAUUGAAAGAAACUGAUCUAUGUAUUAGAAGCAUGUAAUUUUCCUGUCGUAAGAUUAUGAAUCUCAAUUCCUACAUUAACUAGCGUUAUAAACCAUCUUCAUUGAUGGCUUAAAUUCUCGUUAUUAUUUUCUUCAUAUCACUAAUUAUCCUAAAAAAUAUGUAGAAGUAGAGAAAAUCAUUUGUAAAAUGUAGCAUUUAAGCACUACCCAACUUAGGUUAUACGUCUAGUCAAUUUGAUAAUUUUGUCAAUUUACUAUAUUCAAGCGUGUAUGAGGAAUGUUAUGAAAGUGAAGGAAGCGAAAGAGGUAUAUCAGGAUCGUAGCAAGUGGAAAUCCGUGGUCUCUGCCUACCCCUCCGGGAAAUAGGUGUGAUUAGAUGUAUGUAUGUACUAUAUUCAACCGUGUAAGAGCAUUCGACUGACUAUGACGGUCGGAAUAUUUAAACAAUGUUUAGGAGGACAGGUAUAUUAUACACGGUGGCUAAAAAUAACUGCAUUCCCGUGGCCAGGGAGGUUUUGGGAUUAUAAUGCAAGUUUGGUAACUGGCAACGGGAAUGCAGUUAUUUUUUAGCCACCCUGUAUACCUACAGUCAUAUCAUGUAGGUAAUGUGUAAACGAGAAGUUGUAGGCGUGUAACUACUAAACGGAUAAGGUAUCGUGUCAAUGUCUUUGUAUUGCUACACUCAUUCUUUCAGUGAUAAUCUGAACUAAUUCGUUUUUGCUGCAUGUAUCACAUCAGUAACAUUAUCAACUGCCCACUGUGACUUGACUCAAUGUUAAGUGCUUAUAAAGUUUAUAAACACAAACAAUUCAAAUCAAAUCAUUGAAUUGGCAAUAAAAAAAAUUAUAAAUUCCAUAAAGGAAUUUUUUCAAUAAAUCAGUAGCAAUAAUAUAUCAGUUACCAUAAAAAGGAUACGAGCGAGAAAUGUGUUUUGACAACAGAGUCGUGUUCAGAUAUUUGAGAUGAUCUUUGAUAUAUCUGAUGGAGUCUGUGCAGAAAAAAAAGAGUCGUGAAAUGUAUGGGACUCUUCUCUUUCCGAACAGACUCUAUCAGAAAUCUUUGACGGGAACUCGUUUGUAAAAAAAUAUGACCAUAGAAUUUCAAACACUUACGCAAGUUUUUUCCAAAAGUUUCCCGUGUACUUGUAGUUAUGUUAAGCGUUACUUUUGCGUUUUAAACGGUUUCUUGAGAAACUUCAGAAUAAGACUGAUAGAAGAGUGCGGUAGCGAUCGGGCGCCGAGUAGACUCGGUAUAUCGAGGAAGUCUUCCAAUCAUCGUAACGGUCUCAAUUGCGUAAAUAACUUAAGGGUAACAUUCCAUUUCUGACCGCAGCUGCACUACUAGUACGAAACGCGUCGGGGUUAUUGUCAAUUUCCAUAGUAAAAUGAAUGGUAGUGCUGCUGUCGUUGGAAAUGGACUGUCACCUUCAUGUAUGUGGCUACGCCAGCCCGAUGCAGAAGUCUGCGCUAGGUAACAUAAGUUUGACCGCAGGUGUCAUUGAACGAUUGUGCGUUAGUCUAGUAAAAGAUGUUAACUAUAACACUAAUUAAAGCUAUAAUCGAAUGUCGAAUAUCCCUUAGAGCGUAGUGUGUGCAUUUUAAUAUAUUGGAUUUCUAUAAGUAUUUAUAAAUGGUUAAAAUAAAACAAAAAUGAUAUGCACUGACACCAGUGGCGAAGUGUCGUACGAUUCGGAAUCCAAGCCAGAGGUAGUACACACCAACUCUUGAACCAGUGUUAUAAUACUAAAGGAUGAGUCACGCUAGACCGGGCCGAGGCGUCCAACAUGUCUUUUUCUAUGACGGCUGAUCGGUGAUCACGUGGUGUUUCCAUAUAAAACAAAGCGCCGGAAGCUCCGGCCCGGCCCCGACCCGGUCUAGCGUGAGUCAUCCUUUAUGAGUAAGUUUUUAAAGAUAUCUGCUUGGUUGGCGUAGUUACAACUAAUUUAAAUUGUAAUCAGUUCAAUUAAUCAAGUACUUUGGUCUAACUAAAGUUUCGUAAACAUAUUUUAAUGAUUAGUGGGUAAUGAAAAUCUGUUGUUAAAGUCCAAAUUGAUUCAUAAAUGACGUGUUAUUUAUUAUAGUUACUCAAGUUUAACAAGUCACAUUUAUUAUGCAUUUGUUAUGUGUUUAUCUAUGGGCCAUUAGUUGCCUGAUAAUAUUUGUUUUUUAUUUCAUUAUUUUAGUUUGACAUACAAAUAUCAAAUCAAUGUCAAACUGUACAUAUGUGGAAAAAUCUUUUUCAAUAAAAUGUAUAGCUGUACAAAUUUUUCCACAACUAAACCUUGGUGGUUGUAAUGGUAAAUUAUGGUUAUUAACUUUGUUUGCAACUGUGCUUAAUUUUGAAUUAAAAAAAUAUAAAGUGAUGUUAACAUUACAAAAUAGCUUGUGUCUUUUAAAUAAAGAGCGUGUUUUCUUAUUUUAUCGACGUAGGCAAUAGAGCAUACCUUCUAUUGACUGCUAAAACUAAAAGGAAGCGCUGCUUGGGCGAUGAAGAUAACAAUCGUGUAUUAUUAUUUAAAAAAAGUGCUCAUGUACGAAACUCUCAGACGGAUUUGGCACACCCUUUAUUUUCAUGGUCCCACAAAAUAUAAAUGUGAAUCAUCACUUUACGUUGAAAGUUAGUAAAACAUAUUUACAAGAUAUGUGGGUAUCUGCUGUGGAUAUUAGAAAAGCAUAGAUCUUUGAGCAGUAUAAACAAUGAGAAAAUUUCCUUGAUUCCCGGAUCCUUACCAACUGGACCUCACUUUGCUUAUUUUUAAGUACAUAUUUACUUCAAAAGUAAAACUACCACAAUAUACCAUUCAACCGCACCUGACUUUUGGUACCAAAUAAAUUAUCAGACCUUUCCCAGUCCGAGACAAAGCUUAACCAUUAAACUAUUAUUUAAACCAAAAUCACUUAACAUAAGUAUACUCACUUAUACAUUAACAUCACUGUGUGUCAAAUAAUACAUCACACUUAGAAUAAGUUGGGAUGUAAGCACUAGUUUUUACUGUUUAUAAUAGGUAAAUAAAGUUUCGUGUAUUAGUGCCGAGUAGCGGCAUUUAGUAUAUACAGGUAUUUAAUACUAAGUUGGUACUUUUAGAACAUAAAAUAAGGUACGUUACACAUAACAUUUUUUAUUGAUUUUUUACUUCAUUAAUGUUAGUAGCAAGUCAUUAUAAAUGACUAUUCUUUAAGUUGUUGAACUGUGAAUGUGAUACAUACCUAAGUCAAUAGUUACCGAAAUUCCAAAGACGUUAUGUCCAAUAUUCGGUAGAAAUACACAAGAACAGAUGAUAUAUAUCAUAUCACUUGGGCUUAAAGAAAAUAUCACUGAGACUUUGAAAAUCAAACCGUUACCAUUUUCCCCUUUUAAGUAUUUUUUAUGAAAAGGUAAGUGAGAAUGUUAGAAAAUAUUUGUGAAAGACUGCGAUUGUGUCAUAUAUGAGGAGCCAGGUUGGAUAUCAUAAGAUAUUGAUAAUGUUAUAUCAUUGUAGUUGAUGGCAAUAUAAAUAGAACAAUACAUGGGUACCACUUCACAAAGUGGGUGCCUCUCGGUGUAGCUCCUAACAUAAAAUCUGCCAUUUAAUUGCCACUAUCGUGUGCGCUUAAGAUUUUUUAAUAUUCGAUUUAAUAGUAGUUUAGAUGUUCCGUAGAGCCAAAGAUAUCGAGUAGUGAAAACGGCUGUCUUUAUUUAAUUUAAUAACAAUUUUAGGUAUAUAGUCUGGGUAAAGAAAAAUUCCUACUUACUAUUAUGUCAAAAGCAAUAUGCAACGUACAAUUUUAGAAAUAAAAAUAUGUAAGCGAAAACAAUUAUUAUAAUUCUGGUUCAAAAUUAUAUUUACCUCUGAAAAAUAUUAAGAAUAUUUACGGAACCAUAAAUUCUUUAUGAGUAUAUUUCACUAUUAAAGUCUGUUACUUGUUCCAUAUUUCUUACGGAAUGUUUAGUUAUGAUACUCAAUAUUACUAUCCCUAAAACAAAGUCUACUUAAACCACAAAAUAGUCCUUUGCCAAAAAGAAAAUUAUACAAAACAAAAAAAAAAACAUACAGCAAAGUGUAUAGGCAAGUUCGGAGACAGAUAAUAAAUAGCUACAUAAUACGGGGUUAAUUCGAGUUUUCAAUAGCGCGCUUGAGUUACGCAGUCGUUAGACUAACCCCCUUAUUCAUUAACGCGCUACAAACCUCAAUUAGCUAGUAAUCCUUUUUGUUUACCUGUCAUUUUGACUUGUGUAUUUGUAAGAAAGGGAUAAAACAUAAUGUAACUAAAUCAGGGCCGUAAAAUUUUAGGAAUAAGGGGGUAAGUAUGCCCAGUGCCCACGGUGAACUCAAUUAACAAAACAAACAAAAUAAUAGUUCAUUCAACGUUUUCGGAUCCAGUAGUACAAGAGGGCCUACCGCGAACCACGUUCGAUGUGUUGCCUCCCUGUCGCACUAGUAAAUUCGUACGUAAGUGUGACAGGGAGGCAACACGUCGAACGUGGUUCGCGUUAGGCCCUUAGGUCUACGUUUCAAUAGUAAUAUAGUGAGAACUUUAGCUGUCGCGAUUUUCGUUGGCCACAUAAAACUAUGACGCUUUCACUCAAACAUCAAGCGUGGAUGUAGUGUAAAUAUUAAGUUGUGCCACCAUUUACCAGUGAUCAGAAAUGAGAGGAUUACAAUUUUCUUAUUUGUAAAAUUGGAAGCGAAAAAUAAUUUCUUAUCUAAUUUAAACCAUAUCGAAUUUAUAAUUUAAUUAAUUAUCUUAAAUAUGUUAUCAUUUAAGGGCAAGAAAUCUGAGGGCUUCUAAGAAAUUAGAUUAGUAAUUUAGUUGGAAAAGCUGUCGACUUCAAAUAUUUUUCGUGUACGCGUGUACAUCCUACGCAUUUGGUUUUAAGUAACUUGAACAUAUAAUUAUACAAACAUGGUGAGCUAGUUUUAAUCUUUAACAUAAUUGUAAAGUUAAAGCAUAGCAAGGUACAAGCAUAACGAACGAUAUAAAGGCAGCCAUUCUAGUUUUUGCAAACAUAAACAAGUACCUACGCGCCGACCCUUUAAAUUGAGGUUAAAUUCUGUUUAAAAGAUUUCGUGAGCAGUUUAAAAUGGCGGUCGUUAGCUAAAAACGAGAAAAAGGGUUAGAACUAAACGCGGACAUAACUUCAGGCCGUCUGCUUUUAUUGUCCUUAACGGGAAAAUUACCAGCUCCGACAACUUUUAGAUUCCCUUGGUUAUAGCCUUACGGGGUUACGUUGAGGUUCCUUAUUGUCUGUAAAUACCGCAGAGCUGGUUUGUGCGAGCAAAUGGAGUAAAGUGUAAAGAUACUUUUAAUUCCUAAAGGUCCAUUGUAACAUCAGAGAACGUGAGGUAUCAACUCUACCCUUGUGACAUGAUGGAUUCCCUAAAAAAAUACCGCUGAACGUAUCUUUAAGACUAUAGCAUUUUUUACGUGUUUAGUGUUUUAUGUGAGUGUUACAUAAACAGAUGUACUUAUUAGGGUUAUUUAUUAAUUUUCAUGUUUACUUGCUAAUGCUGAGGAUGUUCACGAUACCAAAUGCUUUGAUCAACAUUUUAUAGGUCACAUAUUUGAUAAGUUUAUUUUGGUUUGGCUUACCUACAAAACUUCGUUAAUGCAUUCGACUUGUAACAACGAAAAUUCAAGAAUAAAAUUGUAGUUAUUUUUAUAUAUAUAAAUAAGAUACACAUAUAUUAAUUCGGCUUUUCGAAAAUUACAACGACUCUGUACUGGGAUGAGAUAUAUGACAUUCUUUAUUAUAUUUAAUAAUUAAUAAGGCUUAAGAACGGUCUUGAAAAUAGUAUUUAUUACAUAAAUAUAUAAUGACAUGAAAUUAUAAAGAAAUUACUGGUCGCGCAACAAAUAUAAACAUUAACCUGUGAAUGUUAACUAUUUACUUCAAAUGAUUUAUUUUUAUUAACCGAAAACGAACAGUUUUGUCUAAUUAAAACAAGGAAUUUUAAACAUUGUAAGAUAUAGUUUGAAUCCAUGCAUAUUAUGGUUAAAUGAUUAAUUACCUUGUGGAAUAUUUAGCUUUAUAACCGCCAUAACCAUAAGUAUUUUGCAAUAAAUCAUCUUUAUAUUAUGAGUUUAACAGACUUUAAAUGCCAGUUCAAAUUAUGACAAAAGGUAGUUAAAAGGUUAAAUCAUUAAUUUACGAAUUAACUCUAACAUGUAAUAAAUAUGUAAUUUAUCUAAAGUCUCAUUAGAAUUAAUAGUGUUCCUUGAGUAGGGUCUGUUAUGUUCAUCUAAUUAUUAAAUCCUAUCAGUUAGGGUAUACAUACGUGAUGAAUACUUAAGCCUCAUCUGUACUUUACCAAAAAUGUUACUUUAAGUGUUUUAUAAGUUAAUGUUUACCAACUAGUUUCUUUUUACAAUUUUUUUUAUUAUGACUCUUUCAGGAGUUAUGAGUCGCGCCCUUUGGUGCACACUGCACGCCGAGUACGUGCUGUAAGUGUAAACCAACAACAGAAGCAACUUUUGAGUAUAGUAACUAUCACUACAUACAGGGGCCCGUUUCUUAAAAGCUUGUAACUUGUAGAAGAAGCGGAUGUCACUUUUUGACAGCUUUUAAGGGCGAGCCACGCCGGCUUGCGUGUGCGUGACGUGCGCGUGUGCGUGCGCUAAAAUUGUUGGAGCCGCACACGCACACGUCACGCAAGCGGUGUGCCAUCUCUCAUAAGGAUCUGUAUACUACAACUCCUCACGCGCACGUGCACGUCACGCACACGCAGCCGGUGAGCACAGGCCUUUAUUAUAAAGGGACUUCCACUUCUUUUACCAGUUACAAGCUUUUGAGAAACGGGCCUCAGUAAUAGGCAAUUGAUACUCAUUCUAUAAGAGAACAACUUUUUUAAGCGUUUAUUUCUAUUAUUUAAUUGACUUUUAUGGGGGUCUUGGGUAGGACUUCGGAACUGGUGUUUUAACUCAGAGCUGCUUUUGGCGUUAAGCGUUUCGUUUAUAACAAUCUAGUCAGUAUUUUUAAGAAUUUAUGAGCCUAAGUUUUAAUUGUAUAACACUUAGUUAGUAUGCUUAUUUGUUUUACCUAGUCUUAUUAGCUAGUCUUAUUGAGGUAUUUAAUAAUUCGUUGAUAAUGGGUAGAAAAAGCAAAAGGUCGGUAAAUCAUGAUCGACGCCAAAUCAUAGAUACUGCAUUCCUCGAAAAACUCAAACCAAACAUUAACUGUGUACUUUUGGCAAAAUACUUACACUGCAAUCACUUAUUUAAAUAAGUCACGAUAAUACAUUAUGGUUUUAAAUAUUUGCAGAAAUGUCCUUUUUCACAAAAAAAAUACAGUACUUGAGUGUAAACCUGGCAUUUACCUGGCAAAGCUCAGGUACAACCUCUUUUUUUAAUAUAGUUGUAACUUUAGAAGUUUGCCGGUCUAUCACUGGAAUGAUUCCGAAAUUGAAAUUCUAAACUAUCAUGUUUUCUCUCUUAUUGGCGCUUUCUGAGCUUAAGAAUGAGAGGGACGAAUAGUUUAAAAUUAUGCAUUUCGGGGUGCUUCGUGGCAAUCCAAAUUAAAAAGUACAGCAUAUAUAGGAAAUACCAUUAAUUUAAUAUUCAAUUGUUGCAAAUAAGUAGGUAUUUAAUGGAGAUAGAAAGUCUGCUUUGUGAUUAUGGAACUGACCAUAUUUAAAGUUAAAAAUGUGGUAUAUGUGUAUAAAUAAUUAUAUUAAUUGACCGAACGACGGAGAUUACUCAGAUGUCCAACGAUAAGAGCGCAACCACCUUAGGCUCGUUGUUAAUAAACUAAUUUUAACGAGCGCCCAAUAAAAUCCAAAAACAAACGAUGGAAAAUAUUGUUAGCUGUUUGAAAUAGUUGAGCAGCGUUCACGAACUCUGUAGCAAUUUUCUGCAACAGCUUUGAUUUUCGGGGAAAUUUUGUACAAAACCGAACCGUUUGAGAACUUUUGUAGCUUGUGUGAGUGAAUGGACGUUUAAACAAUGUAUGCGCGGGCCAACAAAGUUGGCUAGUCAAAUUCGUUUCCGGCACACUGAAUGUUCUUUAUUUACACAAUGUGUAAAUCCAAUACGGGCAAUAAAUUAUAGAUAUUAAGAAGGUUUUUGAAGUUACACUUAAUUAUCACCUUAAUUAUUUAUUGAAAAUUUACCGAACUGCAAUGUACUGCAAACAUUUCGAGGCCUAACAUAAGAUGACAUUACGAGAUACCAGGACCCCUAUUCGACAAGCGACGUUUGACGUAUCGUGUUGAUCUCCCGUUGAUGUGGGAAAAAUCAUAAGUCCUCGAAUACGUACAAUGUCAAAAUUUGACAUAAACAAUCCACAGUUAGGGUGACAAGCAAACCAAACCGAACCACCCUUAGUUUAGAGUGGAGUUUUGGUUGUACCCAAUGAUACUAUCCACCGUUGAUGGAAUCAACACUCAGUAUGCGAUAAAAUUAACUGUUGAUUUGACGUGGAUGCGAAAUCUGACAGUUGUACGUCGAAUUUGGCCCCAAGGUUUUUGUACCUCCAACAUAAGCGUUGACAGUUACUUUAAAAAGCUUCACCUAGUAGCUCAGGUAAUUUAUAUGAGUAUAAAACUGUCGCUCUGUCAUAUUUCUUUACUCCUUUUUUUUCCAUGUGCAUGGAAUAUUUGGAUUGCCACACAUAUAAUUAAGAAUUCACUGUGUAUGCAUCAUCGUACACAGGAGUACAACAGCAAUAAUUAAUGAACUGCUUAAUUGUAAUGACUAAUGUACAUUAGAUAUACUUAUGUAAUUCUAUAAUAAAGUUGUAGUACACUUACAA